GCUGAUUGGCUACAAGGACAGAGAGCGGUCAUAGGUCAUGUCCAGUAUGUUGUUUGACUUUGAGGCGAUGAUUAGCACGGUUUUGUUUAUGUUCCUGUAAUUUAUUCGUUGUUUUUUUCACCCCUACGUUUACUUUAAAGUAUAGAAGUAUAAACAAGACGCGUUUGAAUUUGUUUAGUGUAGGACGUAAGCGAUGUUAAGGCACUUUAUACGACAGGUUACAGUUUGUGGCUAAUGUGUUGUUGCUAGCUCAGUGUGUGUAAGUGUGUCUCAGGGUGUGUGUUGGUGUGUAGGUUUGUGUUAGUGUGUGUAGUUGUGUGUCAGUGUGUAAUACACGUUAAACAUGCAGGUGUUCAGAAAGCUGGUGUGUGGUGUGUGUGUUAGUCUGAACAAACACACAGGAGGUGUUCGGACACUCAGCACUUCUUCACACAGGCUUCAGUCAGUAAUGCAAGCUUGGGUCAUUGAUCAGUACGGAGACAACAGUGUGCUGAGAUUCACCACAAACGCUGCUUUUCCUGUUCUACACUAUCCAAACGAGGUGAUCAUCAAAGUGCAGGCAGCUGGACUCAAUCCUCUGGAUGUCAACAUGAGAGGAGGUUACGGUGCUGCCACUAUGGCGAUGAAACGCGACCCUCUGAACAUUAACAAGUCUGGCAGCGAGUUCCCUCUGAUCCUGGGCCGUGACGUGUCGGGGGUGAUCAUGGAGUGCGGCCUGGACGUGGGCUACUUUAAACCUGGAGAUGAGGUUUGGGCUGCGAUUCCUCCAUGGAAGCAGGGCAGUUUGGCAGAGUUCGUGGUGCUCAGCGCUAACGAGGUUGCUCACAAGCCUAAAUCGUUGAGUCACACAGACGCAGUUUCUCUCCCGUAUGUCGCAGCUACAACUUGGUCAGCUCUCGUCAACACAGGCGGCCUGAACAAAGACAACUGCUCUAAAAAACGAGUUCUGAUCCUCGGAGGUUCAGGUGGAGUCGGAACAUUUGCCAUUCAGCUGCUGAAGGCGUGGGGCGCUCACGUGACAGUGACAUGUUCCCAGAAUGCCGAGCAGUUAGUGAGGAGUUUAGGAGCAGAUGAUGUGGUGGAUUACAGCAGCGGGCCGGUGGAGAGGAAACUGUGUGAUGUGGACAAGUUUGAUCUUGUUCUGGAUAACGUCGGUGGAGAGACGGAGAAAUGGGCACUAACGCUGCUCAAGCCCUGGUCCGGCGCCAAGUACGUCACCUUGGUAACGCCGUUCCUGCGCAACACUGACCAGCUUGGCCUCUGCGACGGCAUGAUGCAGACUGCUGUCACCAUAGCAACCAAGGCAGUAAAGCACCUGACUAACGGUGUACACUAUCGCUGGGGCUUCUUCUCUCCGAGCGGCUCUGUGCUGGACGACGUGAGCGACAUCGUGGACACGGGAAAGAUACGUCCAGUGGUGGAGAAGACCUUUCCCUUCUCUCAGGUCCCUCAGGCCAUGCAGAAAGUGGAACAGGGCCACGCCCGCGGCAAAACCGUAGUAACCAUCGCCGAGGAGCGGCCAGAAGAACCGACAAGCAAAUGAGGAUGGCUCACUGUGGAUGGAUCCGUCUCCAUGGAAACAGAGACCAGCAGUCAGGAUUAAACUUGAGCCGACGGACACAAACGAUCCAGCAGCUCGGCACUAACGUGGAGUCUGUGUGCACGGAUCAGACCGAUCUGAUCUCACACUCGGAACACAUUUACAUGAAGCAGGUUAACGAAUGACUUUCAGCCAACACCAGACACACACACACACACACUCCUCGUCACCAGUGGGCGUGGCCUGACACCCUAGUAAUACUGUUUCUUUAAGCAUCUCAAUGUUCAUCACUUUUGUGUAGAAUCUUAAGAAUUUUCCUUCAUUCUUCAUCUGUUGAAAAAUCCGUCCUAGAAAUUUCCCAGAAUUCCUCUUCAUCACGUGAACGCGUCCACGUGCCAAAGCCGUUUAAAAUAAAUCAUUUGCAAUAACAA